UAGCCUUCACAAACUUGUGUAUAAAAAGGCAAGGAAAGCUUAAAACAAGACUCAUCCACUACUUCCCUGUUUAGAAACAGAGCCUUUAAAUUCCUUUGGGAUUUUCUGGUGCUACUUGAAUUGUGAAAACCAUAAAACCAGUUUGAUUAAUCUGAUCUUGAUCUAAUAUUUGAUGGAGAACUUGAUGGGUCUUCUGAGGAUUCACAUCCAAAAAGGAGUGAACCUUGCUGUUAGAGACAUGAGAAGCAGUGACCCUUAUGUUGUUAUCAAAAUGGGCAAGCAGAAGUUGAAAACUCGAGUGGUGAAGAGGAAUGUGAAUCCUGAGUGGGAUGAAAGUUUGACUCUUUCUGUUGCAGAUGCAAAUCUUCCGAUCAUGGUUUGUGUGUAUGAUAAAGAUACGUUUAGUUUUGAUGACAAAAUGGGAGAUGCAGAGUUUGAGAUUGGUUCAUUCAUUAAAGCCUUGAAGAUGCGCUCGGAAGGCUUAACAAAUGGAACCAUAAUUGACAGAGUGAAACCAAAUAGGGAAAACUGCCUUGCUGAAGAGAGCUGCAUCAUCUGGUCCAACGGAAAACUUGUCCAGAACUUAGUCCUCAGACUCAGAAAUGUGGAGUGUGGGGAAGUUGAACUUCAAUUGCAGUGGAUUGAUGUUCCAAGUUCUAGGGGUCUCUAGAUUGCAUCCUCUCUCUCUCUCUCUCUCCUUUUUUGUUUUCCUGUAUAUUUGUAUUUGGGGGCCCUGCUUCUUCAAUUCUUUUGUUCAUAGAUAUGAGAGAUAGAGUUGUAUUUUUGAGUUUUUAUCCUCCCAUGUAUUGGUGUCAAUCCUAUGGGAUGUGAGAAAAGUUUGAACAGCUUCAUUUUCAUUUUCUAAUAAAAUUACCAUUUAUUUGAUUCAUUCAAA